AGAGGGAAGCGAUCUUACUUUCAUCGGUAAAACCGAAUCAUCGCUUCCCGAGCAAAAAAGUGCACGCGCGAACCGAAACAUCGCUUAAAUAAUGCAACGCGUAGAGCUCUGAGUUUGCUCCCUCUUUCUCCUAUCUUCCCACCAUCAUCCCGUUCUCCAUCUACCAGAAAUACUCGGUAUGACUACCCCCCAACCGGCCAGCUCCCCUAAGCCAUCCUUCGGCUAUGCCAAGGCAGGAAGACCUCGCAAGCGCCCCCACCCCAAUCAGAGGGAGGGAGUUUGCCCUGUUAAGGAAUGCCAACGUAGUUUCACGCACCGGUACGUGUUUGCCCUAUCCAUUUUUCUGUAUGGAAAUUCUGACACUACGGGUAGCCUCAAUCCCAAGCAAGCCGUCUGGCAACAUUUGGGCUACUACCUAAGUCCUCUGCAUGCAUUUUUCCCCACCUCCGAAGCGCAUAUCCAAAUGCAUGAACAAAUGAAAGCGGAAUCGGCCAGCAUGAGACUUUCGGGUGAGUGCACGUCGUUCGGUGGACCCCUUUUUGGUCUAACUCGAGAUAAUCCUAGAGAACGAGAAGAGAGAGCGGCAGAAGGAAAGUAAGAAAAAGUGGGUGGAAAAGAAUAAGGAAAAGAGAGCUCUUUCCCUGAAAAAGUCAAAUCUCAGAAAGAAAGCAAAGAAAGAGUUGAAGAAGGAGGGAAAGGAGCUGACGAAACAGGCUGUGGAGGAAUUGGUGGAAAAAUGGCAUGCACAGGAGUAAAGCCGGGGAACAGGAAAUCGAAAUUUCAUGCUCAAAUCGUAUGAAGCAAAAAUGUAUCAUUUAGGUUAGGAGAGUGCUUGUUUGAUAAUAAUAAAAAAUUAAAUACGAAAUGUUCCCCGCGCGGGUACGGUAGCUGCUUAAACCAGAAGGCCGUUGGUCCGGGGCAGAAUACUACCCGACCGGCACCACUCCCCACAGGAAGAGAUAACCCAGUUGACGCGAUGAAUACCAGAAUCGCUUUCAUACCAGUAUGAAAAGAUUUAUUCGAUGGGCACAGGCGCCGCUACGUGGAUUUUUUACCUCUGGAUUUCUAUCCUUUGCAUACCGCCGUAUCUAGUACCUGUUGAGGCUACAUCACUCGCCGCAACAUCCAGGAGGCCCGACGUAGUACCAAGCACAAGGAAGCGGAAUCAGGAGAGAGGAGCGAGACCGACUAAUUAUUGGGGGGAUAUGCGAUGGUUGGAAAACGCUCACGGCCGCCAUGAGGCUACGGUACCAU